AUGAACGAUUACAUUUUACAAGACCCGUUGACCGGUACACACCCAGUGGUAACGACUGAUACUGCCGUCGAAGGACUUGUUAACAAGCCAUCUGUUUAUCUCGAUUCAAUUGAAGAAAACCAGUUCAGAAUUCUUUUAGAUAUGUCUCUUUUUCGCGAUUUGAUAGACUCUCUGUUGCCAACCGUGGCUUACGCCGAGGAGCCUGAAGAAGAAGAAGAAGUCGUUGAAGAAACCCCCGCAGAAGAAUCCGAAGAGCCAGCUGAAGAACCAGCUGCUGAAGAAGAGGAAGCCUCCGAUGACGAAGAGGAAGAGGAGGAAGACGAAGACGACGACGACGAAGAAGAAGAAGACCCCAUGGUGACCCUGAGAAAGGAGUGCGAAGAGUCCGCUGCCUGCAAACCAUUUGCACACCACUUCCACGAGUGUGUUGAAAGAGUUACCAAGCAGCAGGAGGAGCCAGGCUACGAGGACAGACAUUACAAAGAGGACUGUGUCGAAGAGUUCUUCCACCUACAACAUUGUAUCAAUGACUGCUCCGUUCCAAAAUUGUUCUACAAGUUGAAAUAA